AUGGCAGACCCGGAGAUGGAUCAGUUCGCGCAAACUCGCGGCGCCGACGACCUAUUCGACGACGAGAUUAUCCCCGUCUCCGCAGAGCAGCAGCAGGCGCAGACGAAGGUCAUUGCCGCUGAGCCAGAGCCAGAGCCGCAGGAAGUAAGUUUACCCGAGAAGUCAGCUGCCGAGCCGAUUCAACGCGGGGAGACUCCGCAGCGGGGCCGUGGCGGAGAACGAGGUCGUGGCCGACGAAGGGGGAAGGGAGGGCGUGGUGGACGAGAUUCGGAGCAAAAGCGCUCGGAAAGCUCGUCGCGGAAGAAGACAUCCACUACUGCGUCUGUGGCUGAUGCGCGCGAGGCAGGCGCGAAGCCUGACAAGCCUGAGCCUAAGGAGCCGGCAGGCGCAGGUGAGGAUGGUGAUGGGGAGGAAGCAGUGAAUGGAGCUGAGUCACAGCGUGUGCCAGCUGUUCGCGGUGAUCGAAGUGCUACUGGUGGUCUGAGAAAGCCUAAACUCACCGAAGAAGAAUUAUCCAAAAGAAUCGCUGCGGCGAAAGAGAAUGCCGUGAAGAAGGCAGCUGCGCAUGCUCGCGCGGAAGCUGAUCAGGCUUCUUUCAUGGAGCGUGAGCAGGAGGCCGCGAAGAAGCGGCGCGAAGAGCUUGCGCACCGGCGCGUGAUGGAUAAUGAGCGCGAGAAGAAUAGACAACGCAAGCUCAAAGCCCAGACCGGACGUGAAUGGGACUCACAAAAACGCGAGGAAGAUUAUAAUCCUCGUGGCGGAGGUAGUCAAUUCCGGCGAGGUAUGCAUGGGGGCGUAUCUGGCCACGUGCGACGUGACUUUGAAGAAAGCCGUUCAGAAGAUGUUGCCGAACAACCCAGCAGCCACCGGGGUCGUGGACGAGGUGGACGAGGUGGACGUGAACGAGGAUCUCCGCGUGCCACAACAGGAGAGAAACCCCGCAAGGGCCUGGCUGAUAGUAUAUACGCAACGCCGAGUCCCGCUGCACCAGGUCUGGAUGAUAAAAAUGCCUUCCCAGCUUUACCCGAAAGACCUAAGAAGGCCGAGGUAAAAGCCAACUCUGAAUCGGAGACCAAGCUGAAGGCAGUGACCAAAGUCGAGACCGAAUCUGUCCCUGCUCCAGCGAAGUCACCAGCAACGAUGGACAAGUUGGAUUCCACGUUCUCACCCAUCACUGGAACUUGGGCGGACCAGUUCGAUGAUGACGAGUAA